CACAACAAACACUCUCUUCGUCAUCUUCACCAGCUAUGGCUUCCAUAGAGAAAUUGAGAAAACAAUGAAAAAUAGCAGCAGAUCACCACCGAUCAGACCCAUCAUCGGAAGAAGAUCAAUGAUCCAAUUUCAAACCCUUCUUUUAAUUCCUACAGCUUCUCUUCUGAAUUUUCCAACUUCAAAUACGUAAUACUCACUCACUUUCUGAUAUAUAGAAGGAAAAUUUUGAUAUUCUUUGAGGUAGAUAUAGAGAUAUAGACACAUAUAGAAAGGAAGGGAUUGGGAGAUUUGGAGAGAGGGAGAAAUGGAUCCAGAGCAGACUUUUAUAAGGGUACAAGAAAGGUUCUCGCAGAUGCUAACGCCUAAAGUCAGGGUUGCUUUGGAAUAUAUCUAUUUGUUCAUAGCAGUCACUCUCUUUUGUAUUCUCGUUGUCAUGCACGCCAAUUAUGUUCAACAGCCUGGAUGUUCCAGUGAGCUCUCUGGUGCUGAAACAAUGGAAGCCCAGCUUAUUCAAAUCAAGAUAACCAGUGCAGGCUUGUGGUCACACAAUGAGUCUGAAUCCAGUAUAGCAGACAGUCCCAUAGAGGAGACUGUAUCGGAUAAACUAGUAUUGCUAGAUGUGGAUGAAGAUGGAUUAACUUAUCUGGCUCCGAAGUUAUGGAUGAAUUGGAUUGGUUCGAGUGCUAAGAAAGGGAAGCUAGCAUUGAAAUUCUGGAAGACUGACUCUGAACUUCUUGAACAUCAGCCUGGAAGCUCUCCCAGCAGUGACAGCUCUGCGCCAGUUGAUGAUGUUGCAAGAAUUGAUAAAGUGGAGACACGCAGUAGUUUCCCUGUAUCAGCCAAGGAAACUUUUAAAGCAGCAAUUGUUCAUUUUGGCAAAAAGUGGCACAGGCGAUUAUCGUUCAUUUGGAGAUAUGCAGUGCAACUAAUUCAAAGCUUCCAGAAGUUGUGGAAUAUCACAGGCAUCCAUUUAAAUCUUGAUGUUCCCAAGUGGAUGAGAAUAUUUUACUUGGACAGGCUUAACUUAUAUGCAGUUCAAUGGCUAGAGAAGAAGAGCAAGGCAUUUGAACCAACUUAUUUAUACACCAUGGAAAAGGGUUAUUUCUUGCUUCCUGAGGAUGCUAAAUCCCGGCAUAAUAUACGUACUGUUAACAUUAGCAUAUCAGCUCGGCAUCCUUGCUUUGGGAACAGGUGGCAGCAGCUUCUCAUUAACAGAAUUGUUGGAUAUGAUACCAUACUGAUGAAUAGUUUAUUGAGUUCUCCUGGACAAGGCUAUCUUUAUAAUUUUCAAUCAAAGGAGUUCUACAAUCUUAGUUAUCCACAAGAACCAGCAGAAGGUCCUGCAAGAUUUGGAGACUAUCUUGUAACCAAGUGUGGCGUGCUAAUGAUGUCACUAUUUGUUUUCUUCACCACCACAAUGUCAGUAUCCUUUACAUUGCGAGAGACACAGACUCGAAUGCUGAAAUUUACAGUGCAGCUUCAACACCAUGCUCGACAUCGGCUGCCGACCUUUCAGUUGAUCUUCGUGCACGUGAUUGAGUCACUCGUCUUUGUUCCUAUAAUGAUUGGGAUCCUAUUUUUCCUUUUCGAGUUCUAUGAUGAUCAGCUGUUGGCUUUCAUGGUCUUAAUUCUUGUUUGGUUGUGUGAACUAUUUACACUGAUCAGUGUUCGCACGCCAAUAUCAAUGAAGUUCUUUCCACGCUUCUUUUUGCUCUAUUUUCUGGUUUUUCACAUCUACUUCUUUUCCUACGCAUAUGGUUUUUCAUAUUUGGCUCUUUCUACAACUGCAGCAUUUAUGCAGCAUCUUAUUUUAUAUUUCUGGAACCGAUUCGAGGUACCGGCUUUACAAAGGUUUAUGCAAAAUAGACGGUCACAGCUUCAGCAACACCCAGAUUUCCAAAUCACAUCCUCUACAAUUCUGGCAUCAACUCUACACAUUACGAGAUUGAACACGAGGAACGAAGGUCCUGUUACUAUGAACUUGCCCUCUGGUCCUGGUUUUAGACCUAGAUCUGAACAAGCAAUGCCAGCAAAUGAAGGAGAACCACCUGGGCCUCAACAACCGGUCGGAAAUGACAACCUUGGCAGGGUUGGCAACACCAUGCAGAUUCCAGGUCAAACAGAUCUUCGGCAACCGGAAACUGGUCCCAACCCUGGCUCCAUGAACUCAUUUAGUUCACUACUGUUAUGGAUCUUAGGAGGGGCUUCUUCUGAAGGCCUUAACUCACUUUUCUCAAUGUUUAGAGACGUGAGAGACCAAGGACAAGUUUAUGCCGACUCCUCCAGACCAGAAAACAGGACGAACCAGGAUGUUCAAUGAUGAUGAAAAUUUCUUUUGAGAGGGAUUGCAGUGUUGGUUUUUACAUCAGAUAUCUGUAUUUCAUGCUAAUCACAUAAUAGAUCAUGGGGUAUACUGGAACUGUUGUAUAGAAAAAGCAACAUGUAUCAUUAUUAUCAAACGUUAAAUGUCAACUCUCUUUUGUCAGCCA